AUGUGGAAAACCACGAAUCAUGAAAGUCCCAGGCCGGACUCCGCACAUUCUUCUGCUGGGGAUGUAGACAGCACCGCGACAACUCUACGACACAGCCUUGAUGCUCUUUCAUCCCCAAAAGGAGACAUUGAAUUGAAGAACAUUGACGAGUUGCGAGAUCGAAGAAAAGAAAAAAGAGAUAGUAUUUCUUCCUCGAUUGCUUCAUUUGAAGAUGAUGAAUCUGAAAGGGAGAGUGCCCAUCUCCUCUCCCACGCAACAUCCACAAUCCUAAACAAUUCCCCGCAAGCCGCCAACACAAUCCCAUCAGACGAUGCAGAACCUCCACAUCCUCCAGAGCGGCAACAAGUUUCUUGGUCAUCGCUUCCCAAGAAGUCUCAAUUGGCCAUCUUAACGCUCGCCCGACUCUCCGAGCCUUUGACGCAGACGAGUCUGCAAGCAUACAUGUAUUACCAGUUGAAAUCCUUUCCCGGAGAUCCGUCCGAUAGUACAGUUGCCCGUCAAGCAGGUAUACUAGCAGCCGCAUUCACCGGAGCACAAUUCUGCACUGCAAUCAUGUGGGGACGAUUGGCAGAUUGGGAAGGUAUGGGGCGCAAACGUGUCAUAUUGAUCGGUCUCUUGGGAUCGAUGGUAGGUAGUCUUGGAUUCGGCUUCUCCAGAAGUUUUGCGGAGGCCGUCUUUUGGAGGUUUGUCGGUGGGGUGUUGAAUGGGAAUAUCGGGGUGAUGAGGACUUUGAUCUCGGAGAUUGUCAAGGAGAAGAAGUUUCAGAGUAGGGCUUUCCUGUUGAUGCCUAUGACUUUCAACAUUGGAGUUAUAGUCGGUCCGCUACUUGGCGGUCUGUUGGCUGAUCCGGCGGGGAGCUAUCCGGGUAUCUUUGGACCCGGUGGAACCGUUGGAGGGAAGAAUGGAGUUCGGUUCUUCGUGGAGUGGCCGUAUGCAUUGCCAAAUUUGGUAAAUGCCGUCUUCUUACUGAGCAGUGCACUGGCUGUACUUUUUGGACUGGAGGAGACUCUGGACCUGGCCAGAAAUAGGGUCGACUAUGGACUACGAUUCUCGAGAUGGGUCGGAAAGAUUGUUUUCAGAAGGAAGCCCGCAAGCGGAGAGUACAGUUCUGUCGCCGAGCGGGACUUUGCUGGAACAGACGACAUUGAACUCGAUUCCGCAAAUCACGACGUCCCUAAAGCGAGAAGAAAACUGGCCUUUGGUCAAAUUUGGACGCGGAACGUACUCUUCACCCUCCUUUCACAUGGUCUACUGGCCAUGCAUGUCGGGACAUUCAGCAAUCUCUGGUUUAUCUUUCUGUCAACACCCCGGUACUCGUCAACCAACAACACCAAAACUCUCCACCUUCCCAAAAACUACAAACCCCACGCACCGUUCACCUUCACAGGCGGCCUGGCUCUUCCACCUCCCGCCAUCGGAGCCGCACUCGCCAUUCUUGGUGUCAUAGGCAUCAGUCUCCAACUCCUCCUCUAUCCCCGCCUCUCAUUCCGUCUCGGAACAAUCACAUCCUAUCGCACCUCCCUCCUCCUCUUCCCAAUCUCCUACCUACUAGUCCCCUUCCUCGCAGUCGUCCCUUCGACGACCUCCGCUCCCGCACAAGCUUCUGGGUUCCUCGUCUGGGCAGCCAUAACUCUCGUCCUAUGCAUUCAAGUUCUCGGAAGAACAUUUGCCUUACCAAGCACGGCGAUUCUGGUCAAUAAUAGCUCGCCACAUCCGRGCGUGCUGGGCACCAUUCAUGGAAUCGCGCAGAGUGUGAGUUCUGCUACGAGGACUAUAGGGCCUGUGCUGGGGGCGUGGUUGUAUGGUAUGGGGCUGGAGAGGGGAGUGGUGGGGACUGCAUGGUGGUGUAUGAGUGCUGUUGCGGUGGUUGGAGCUGUGGCUGCGAGGUGGGUGUGGGAAGGGGAUGGACAUGAGAUUUGGUUGGAGGGAGAGAGAGAGGAGGAACAAGGGAGGAAACAAUAG